AUGCGGUGCGCGAGCAAGGCCGCUGAGAGCGCUUAUGCACGUCACUGUGCAGACGCCGAAGCAGAAACCGCUGCAACCGAUGUGUCAUCGGUUGCUAAAGCGUCUCAGCCUGUGUCACUUGGUGAUGCAGGCGCUUGUCAUGAAGACACUCAUGUCUUCACAGAGUAUGAGCUCGGUGUCUCAUACUCUCCUGAUACGGAAGAGGAAUCCGCAUCGAAGGCGGUUGAAACCAAGCCGCCUGCCAAGCGUGGCAUGGAUGAUGCUAUGCGUCGUAGCAUCUAUGGUUUAUCUGACGAAUCAGAUGAGCCAUCGCCGAAGCGAAGGCACUCGAGGUCGCUAGACUCGGGCGCUCACAUUGGUUUCGGUUCUUCUAUUGACGCCACCUCGCAACGAGGUGCCAGUAAUUAUGUCGGUACGUCGCAAGAAGAGCGGGAACGCAGUGUGUUGCGUCUCGCUCCCGAAAAGAAGGCACGGCUGCCUCCAAAAUCCGUCAUGGAUCGCUUUUCGGCGACGACGAGUGAUCGUUAUCGACCACGAUUGUUCGAUUCGUCAAGGAUCCAUCACCUUGACCCCAGUGCGAAAAACUAUCGCGCUGAAAAUGAUUUCUUCAUCGAUGCUUUCUUUAAACAUCGAUGGUACAGUGGGAAUCAAAAACGUGAUGGUACCUCACUGCUUCAAGCGUGGAACGCUGACAUCCAUAACCUUGAGGGUGUAGGUCGUGACGUUUGGAACGACAAACUUAUCAAAGCUCGUGAUAAGUUUGAAAAGCGAACCCCGACAGGUGCACGCUACAAGCUGCAUCGUCUGUCAAGGGAGAAAGGAUUACCCUGCCUCUCCUGGGGAGACUCGUGCCCAUGUUGUGUGAACAACUCUACACGAGCACCUAAGGAGGCUUACCUCCCUAACAGCCCGUGGUGGCGCGUACGUAUCUCUAUUGAGAUGUACGAAGGGAUUGACAACCUGAAAUCCCUUUACGACCGUGCCGGGAAGACAUUGUCCGGCGGUCCUUCUGCGGCAAAGGAUGUGCCGCGUCGUACUGCUCAACCAGACCCAGUACGUCAAUCAUCAGUUGGGAGCGGGGCUCCCAAUAAUCCCAGGACGGGGGAUAGCCGCGCCACCGGACGAGAUAACUCGUCCGACGUCCGUUCACGUCGCGGUGGUUCAACAGCUGCUCAACCAGGUGGCGCUGGCCACCACGAGAGGCCUCCAGAGAAGGUGGAGGAGGAGGGAAGACGCUCUCCAAGCCUCUUUGAUCGCGUAACGCAAGGGUUACGCGACGAUCUCGAGCAUGAGCGGGACAGACGUCUUCAGUUGGCGGACGCUGUCUUGAAGCAUCGAGAUGACUUUGCCUUUGCUCAGCUUCAGAACGAGAGAGCUCUGACGUCUCUGCGUAACGAGCUAAGGGUAGCUCACGCGGAAAUUGACCGUUCUCGGGCUGAGAUAACUGCUUUUCUGACCCUUGAUGAUGGCCAACAUCGCGAACACAAGGCUCUCUGUGAGAUGCUUGAACGCAAGGGAGUUCUUCGUCGGAAGAAACAGCGUACUGAUGGAACGGCUUUAGCCGACCAACGUAAAACGUGGGAUGCGUUCACAUCUUACGUGGCAGUUCGAUCGUGUAUGCAUUGCCUAGGCGAUGCAAUACACGAAAUGGACCGAUGUACUUAG